GCGGCCCGCAGCCCCCAGGAUUGCGCGACCCGGAGACGUGAAGGAUGGCGCUGCGUUGGGGCAUUGUGUCCGCCGGCCUUAUUUCCAACGACUUCACGACCACGCUGUGCGCACUGCCUCGCUCCGAGCACCAGGUGGUGGCGGUGGCUGCCCGCGACCUGAGCCGGGCGAAAGAGUUUGCACUGAAACACGACAUCCCCAAGGCCUAUGGCUCCUAUGAAGAAUUGGCGAAGGACCCGAAUGUGGAAGUGGCCUAUAUUGGCACCCAGCAUCCCCAGCACAAGGCCGCGGUGUUGCUGUGCCUGAGAGCCGGCAAAGCGGUCCUGUGCGAGAAGCCCAUGGGUGUGAACCCUGCGGAAGUUCGGGAGAUGGUGGCGGAGGCCCGCUCACGGGGCCUGUUCCUGAUGGAGGCCAUCUGGACCCGUUUUUUUCCUGCCACAGAAGCUCUGAGGUCUGUUUUGGCUCAGGGAACUGUAGGGGACCUUCGAGUGGUUCGGAUAGAAUUCGGGAAAAACCUCAUCCAAAUACCCAGGUCCACAGACUGGGCCCAGGCAGGUGGCGGGUUGCUGGACCUCGGAAUCUACUGCUCCCAGUUCAUUUCCAUGGUCUUCGGGGGGCAGAAGCCAGAGAAGAUUUCAGCAGUCGGAAAGCUCCAUGAAACAGGUGUGGACGACACUGUCUCAGUGCUACUUCAGUACCCAGGAGGGGUCCAUGGCAGCUUCACCUGUAGCAUCAGCACAGAUCUCUCCAACGUGGCCUCCGUGAACGGUACCAAGGGCAUGGCCCAGGUUUUCCCAUCCUGGUGCCCAACAAAGUUGGUGGUGAAUGAUGAGCAUAAGGAGUUCCCGCUGCCCCAAGUCCCAAAGAAGUAUAAUUUUAAAAAUGGGUCAGGCAUGAGGUACGAGGCCAUUCACGUCCGCGAGUGCCUGCGCAAAGGCCUCAAGGAAAGUCCUAUCAUUCCUCUGGCAGAAAGUGAGCUGCUGGCUGAGAUCCUCCAGGAGGUGAGGAAGAUCAUUGGAGUCACCUUCUCCCAAGACGAACGCUGAUUCCUGG